UUUACCUUCUAACAAUGUCAGGCACGUCCACAGCUGGCCCAUGACGUAGCCACGGCGUCUGUUGUCAAAAGAGAAAAUAUGGCGUCGGUAUCAGAAAUGUACGAUGUGGGUUGGGAAGAGAUGAGAGACAAGCUGCGUAAAUGGAGAGACGAUAACUGCAGAAAUAGUGAACAAACUGUGGAUGUUGGCGAAGAGCUGAUCAAUGAACAUGCAUCAAAACUGGGAGAUGACAUAUGGAUUAUUUAUGAGCAGGUGAUGAUUGCAGCGCUGGACUGCAGUCGGGAUGACUUGGCUCUGAACUGUCUACAGGAACUGAGGAAGCAGUUUCCAGAUAGCCACAGAGUGAAGCGAUUAUCAGGCAUGAGGCUGGAGGCUUUGGAAAGGUACGACGAGGCCAGCAAGCAUUAUGAUGCCAUUCUCCUAGACGACCCCACCAAUACGGCAGCAAGGAAGCGCAAGAUCUCCAUACUGAAGGCCCAGGGGAAGAGCGCUGAAGCCAUACGGGAGCUCAAUGAGUAUCUGGAGCAGUUUGUUGGGGACCAAGAAGCGUGGCAUGAGUUGUCAGAGCUCUACAUCAACGAACACGACUAUGGAAAAGCCGCGUUUUGCCUGGAGGAGCUGAUGAUGACCAAUCCUCACAAUCACUUGUACUGUGAGCAGUACGCUGAGGUGAAGUACACUCAGGGGGGGCUGGAAAACCUGGAGCUGUCCAGAAAGUAUUUUGCCCAGGCGCUGAGGCUGAACAACCGAAACAUGAGGGCAUUGUUUGGUCUGUACAUGUCUGCAAGUCACAUCGCUGCAAGUCCAAAAGUCAGUGCCAAGGUGAAGAAGGACAAUAUGAAGUACGCUGCCUGGGCUGCCGCUCAAAUAAAUAGAGCCUAUAAGAUGGCCGGCCGCGGGACCAAGGAGAACAAAUGCUCCAUGAAGACGGUGGAGGAGAUGCUGGAGUCCAUGCAGAUCACCAUGUCGUAGACUCCCUCGCCUUCCUUCCAGCCUCCUCUUCACGCACAGCCACUCGGAGCAACACGGCAGCUCUAAUAGCCUUGCAAUGUGACCACAACCGGAUCUUUAACUGAUCCCUUUCUUUUCUUCUUUAUCCCUUCAAGUUUGGCUCUGUAAUUGAUUGAACUCGACACGGACGAUGGAAGACAUUUGCUUCCCUCAAGUGCAAAUAUUUCCCCCACCCAUCUGGAACUCACAACAGCAAAGUACUCCCAUUUAUUUAAGCAUGUUCUACUUAGUAUUAACCCAGCUGUGGAUUAUUUUAUCCAUCCCCAUCCUAUGCUGUCUUUUAGGUUCCGUCUCUUAACUGAUAUCACUAAUUAGCACAUCAAGGCUAUUAACCAUGUGACCACGUGUAACAAGCUGUACAAAAAAAGCUAUUUAUAAAGACAAUGUGGAGAUCCCACCUGUCUGCACUGAGGUCCUUUACUGUUUCCGUCUGUAAAUGAAACAUCUUUAUCUAUCAAAA